AUGACCAAAAUUACAACGCUGGACCCGGAAUGGUACCGAGGACAGGUGAUCUUCUUAACAGGUGCCACUGGCAAUCUGGGAGGCUGUCUCCUGUAUAAACUCGCUCUUCAACUUCCAACUUCGAAAAUCUUUGUACUUGUCCGAGGUUCUAUCCGAGAAGCCAUUGAAAAAUGGGAGGACUCCAUGCCAGAGCAGGUGGAUGAAAUCCUGGAUACUGGCAAAGUCAACUUCCUGCUGGGUGACGUGACCCAGGCCAGCCUUGGUUUAGCAACCGCAGAUCUCGAGCUCCUUCAAGAAGAGGUCACAGUGGUGAUAAAUAGCGCCGCCGAUAUCAAUCUAUACCUGGAACUAUCCAAAACCAUCUUGGUCAAUUGUACGGGGCACCUGAUGUUGACCGCUCUUCUCGAUAACUUCAAGCAAAUGCAGUGCUUGCUGCAUAUUUCCACUACACAUGUGAACAGCUUCCUCCCUGAGGGUCUGAUCGAGGAGCAGAUCUACCCCUUGCAUCCCAACCCAAAGGAGGAAUUGGAAAAGAUACUUGCCACGGGGACAUCAGCUGAUGCGGACCAGUUCUCUUCUCCAUAUUCUCUAGCCAAGCAUCUAGCUGAGCGCCUCAUCUUGGACGAAGAACACGCAUUUCCCAUCUUGAUUGUGCGGCCUUCAGUUCUCGCGCCCGCCAUUGAAGAACCUUAUCCCCUAUAUGGCAUCAACAGGGCAACACCAGCCCAUUUCUAUAUCCACACCAUACUGGGGAACUCAAAUCAGGGACUGUCACAACUCGAGCACACGCUCCCAGCACAUCCGCCCUGCGAUGAAACCCCCGUUGACCUGGUAGCGCGAGUCUGCCUGGCUCAUCUGGCUCAAGGAACGACGGGCAUUGUGCACGCCGCCACAGACCUGUACGUCUCAUGGACGUGCGGUGAAAUGCAGGAUCGUUUCCAUCGCUAUAUUCCAAGCCAGUUGAAAGAAGAUGCCCGCAAGGUCGAUUUCCAGCAAAGUAGUUUGUUAGCACCUUAUUUCUUCCAGAUGAUCCUGCGGUUUUGGCGUGAUUGGAAGGUUGACUGCUCGCGGUCACGCCAUCUAAAGCAGGUAAAGGGCCCUUUCGGCCUUGACUUGGGUGACCAUGACCCAGAGGCCUUCCUCAAGCGUCGUAUCGAGCGCCAAUCAAAGUUCGCCCACGAUCAGUUGAAGAGGCGCUCUGUGGCAUACAAAAUGAGCUAG